AUGGCCGUGAGGGGAGUCGGGUUCACCCCGGGACUUCCGCCCACAACACGCAACCUACCACUCCCUCGUUUCGAGCCGCCUCGUCUUCUGCGCGCGCCAACCAUCCUCCACCGAGUCCCCUCCCUCCUCUCCUCCCUCAAGCAAUCCCAGCUCCGCUGCGGCGAGCAGCUCUUCAUCACCCUGAUCAGAGCCUACGCCCUCGCGUCCAAGCCCGCCUCCUCCCUCAGGACCUUCCUCUCCAUCCCCUCCUUCGGGGUGAAGACCUCGGUCCGGGCCUUCAACGCCCUGCUCAACGCCAUGAUCCAGAACAAGAGAUACGAUCUCGUGCCCGUCCUGUUCAGGAAUUGUCACAGGAAGUUUGGGAUCGCGCCCAACGUGUUCACUUGUAACAUCCUGAUCAAGGCGGUCUGCGAAGUGGGGAGGAUUGAGGAGGCCAGGAAGGUGGUUGAUGAAAUGCCUGAGUGGGGGAUGGCGCCCAACGUGGUCACGCACACCACGAUCAUGUCGUUUUAUUGCGAGAAGGGGGAGGUGGGCGAGGCGAAGGGGGAGGUGGAGGAGGCGAGGAGGGUGUUUGACGAGGCGAGGGGCAGGGGGCUGGAGCCCGACGUCAGGGCUUAUACGGUUUUGAUCGAUGGGUAUUGCGGGAUCGGGAAGCUCGACGAUGCGGUUAAGGUCAUGGAUGAGAUGGAGGAGAAUGGGGUUCCUCCGAAUGAGGCGACGUACACCGUCAUCAUCCGAGCUUGCUGUGAAGGGAAGAGGCCGGGGGAAGCACUGAAUUUGAUUCAAGACAUGCUCAGUUCGAAACACGUGCCGAGCUCCUCCUUGUGUUGCAAGGUGAUCGAUGCGUUGUGUGAAGAUGGGAAGGUGGUGGACGCCUGUGAGAUAUGGAGGAAGCUUCUGAAGAAGAGUGUGACGCCCGAUAACUCAAUAUCGAGCACAUUGAUAUAUUGGCUGUGUCAAGCUGGGAAAGUCUGGGACGCGAGGAAAUUAUUCGAUGAGUUUGAGCGAGGGUUCAUCCCUAGCGCGCUGAUGUAUAACACCCUUAUAUCGGGUAUGUGUGAGAACGGAGAAUUGCAAGAAGCGGCGAGGUUGUGGGAUGAUAUGGUGGAGAAAAAGUGUUACCCGAAUGUGUUCACGUAUAACGUGCUGAUCAAGGGGUUUUGUAAGGCGGGGAAGGCGAAGGAAGGGGUUCGGGUUUUGGAGGAGAUGGUGGAGAAAGGAUGCGUGCCUAGUAAGUCGACAUACGGCGUUUUGGUUGAUGGGCUCUUCGGAUGCGGAGAGCUAGAGGAGGCUGUUAGGGUUUUAAGGGAUCUGGUGUUGAGGAACGGGGGGUGUGUCGAUGCAGAAGAGGGCUGGGGUGUGUUUGUGAAGAAGGUGGUUGUCGAUACCGGGAAAUGGAGAGAGGUCCUUGAUGAGGUGUUGAGCAUAUAAUUGACUCUGGCCAUUGAAUUUUAAUUGCCGCAUUAUUUUUACUUCAUAGGGGCCUGGCUGAAAUCAGAAGCUCAUGCAAUAGCAGGAUGGCUUGCUCACCCUUUUUUUUUUUCUAAAGCAUUUGGUGAAACUGAGAUGUGGCCAUGUCGUGCACGGUGCAUACAACAAACAAGGCGGCUAUGUUUUUUUUUAUAGGAAAUAAAGGCACAGGUGUCGGCGAGUUUCAUAUACUGUAUAAAUAAUACAUGAGAGACAAUAAUUAAUUUGGGUGCUCUAAUUCAUUCAUUCAAAUGCUUGGUUGUCUCUUUCAUGCAAGAAGCUGAAUCAAGACCUGUAACGUUAAGCAGUAUCUCUCACAGUGAUAAGCUAAGCAGAUGAAAAACAUAAAAAGGGAAGGAACAAGCAUAAAUUAAUAAAUUCAAACCAUAUCCAAUACCAUUAUUAGUUACGAAGCCAGAAGCCAAUCAGGCUCACGGCUCGCAAAGCGUAUUUUCGUUAUGUACGAUACAUUAAAGCAAGCAUUCAAAUCAGAGUACAAUCGAAAAUGCACGCACAACUAUCUGAAAAGGCUACCCUCACGCGCCAAGCUGCUGCUCCCAUCCUCCUCCUCCUACCCUUC